UUUUAUAGUUGGGGAUCACCACAACAUGAGGAACUGUAUUAAAGAGUCAAAGCAUUAGGAAGGUUGAGAACACUGCUCUGGAGGAAACUGACUUAAAUCCAUCCACCAAAUAACUAGGAGUAUCCAUUGCAUCUCAGACAGCCUUCCAGGUGCUUGACAGCUAAGAAUAAAGACAUAAAUGUUCUACCCACUGAGAGUUCAUACUCUAGUGGGAAGGCAUAGCAAUAAGUAAUAAAUAUUAAAAAAAGUAAAAAUAAAGGAAUUAUUAUUAAAAAUAGAACAAAUGGAGCGUGAAGGGAUAAACUAGUCACAAAAGACCACAUGUAGUUCUGAUUCUGAAUCUAUAGGAUGUCCAGAGCAAACCACAGACACAAUGCAAAUGAGUAGUUUCCAGAGUAGGGAAGUAACUUCUGGGUGGAAAUGCUCUCCACUAUAGUAGUGAUGGUGGAACUGUUUGGUGUGUGAAUUAUGGGUGUCUUGAUAGAACUGUCACGAACGCAUACACACACAAACCACAGAAGAGCUUGUGAGGACUUGGAGGGAAGAGAGAACCCUCUGCAGGCCAAUCAGAGAAGCUUGAAUAAAAAACAAACCUGGCAACACGAUCAUCUUUGAUGUAAAGAUUCCAGAUGGGCGGUGGUGGCGCACGCCUUUAAUCCCAGCACUCAAGGAGGCAGAGGCAGACUGAUCUCUGAGUUCAACACCAGCCUGGUCUAGAGUUCCAGGACAGUCAGGGCUACACAGAGCAACCCUAUCUCGGAUUCCUCCCCCCGCCCCCCCCCCAAAAGAGGAUUCCAGAACCAUCAGAAAAUAAAACAUUGUGUUUAAAGCACACCUCAGCCCCUCCAAAGCAGGACAGCGUGGUGGGCAUAUCAGUGUAGUAGGGGAACCUGAUGGGCCUCACUGAGAAGAUGGCUUUAGAUUACAGAUUUGACCUUGAGGUGGGUGGAAACGGAGCCCUUCGGGUACCUAGGAAAGAGUUGCACAAGCAGGAGGACUCUGGAAUUAAACCUAUUUUUGAAGUACCUAGUUUUCUUAAGUAUUCCGGAAAUUUGACAUCCAUCCCUACAUUACUUUGGCUUGUUUCAUAUGACGGAUUCUUCCUAAAUAUUCCGGUAAAAAGAUGCACCAGUCCCAAGACCACCGAAGGUCUGCAGCCGCCCAUCGCUCCUCGCCCAGUCGUCCUCCUAUCCCGAAGCAGGCUCCGCCUACGUUCACGGCGCCGCAAGAGUCACGCCCCUGGAAGUGCGUCGCCGCGUCGCCGCGCACGCGCUCUGCGGUCUCCCUUGACCUCUGACCCAGCGGCCGCCGGUGAGCGGGUGCCCCUGGGUCGGGACGCGGCGCCCGUGCCCCUGAGGCGCAGCGGCCGCCAUGGCCAAGUACCUGGCCCAGAUCAUCGUGAUGGGUGUGCAGGUGGUGGGCAGAGCCUUUGCCCGGGCCCUGAGGCAGGAGUUUGCAGAAGGCCUAGGGGAAGCUCUGGGCCACCAAGGGGACUAAGCAGUCACCAAUGUGUCCACAGCAAGCCAGGCAGCCGCUGAUGCUCGGGGUCGUGCUGGGCACCAGUCUGCAGCUG